CGCGAACUUAUUAUUUUCUGCUCUGCGCUCUUUUCCGCCUUUCCAUAACCCGCUAUGCGAAGAGAUGUUCGAAUCCUACUGGUGGGCGACGACGGUGUUGGGAAAAGCACACUCAUUACGUCGCUCAUAAAGGAAUCUUUCAUACCUAAUAUUCAACAUGUCGUCCCAGAAGUGACCAUACCUCCGGAAGUUACUCCAGAAAAUUGUACUACACAUAUUAUGGACUCCUCUGCUCGCCCCGAAAACCGCGAGCAGUUAGAAACGGAGAUUCGAAAGGCACAUGUCAUCUGUAUCGUUUAUGCCAUCGACGACCCCAAUACUUUCAAUCGUCUGCCCCUGUUCUGGCUUCCAUACAUACGGUCAUUAGGAGUCAACGUGCCUUGUGUGUUGGUUGGAAACAAGAUCGAUUUGCGAGGUCAGGACGUCACUAAUCAGAAUUUGGAAGACGAAAUCAUUCCAAUCAUGAACGAAUUCAAGGAAGUUGAAACUUGUGUAGAAUGCUCCGCCAAGCAAUUGUUGAAUGUAUCAGAAGUUUUCUAUUUUGCCCAGAAGGCAGUCUUACACCCUACCGCUCCACUUUAUGAUUCCCGAGAACAUACCCUUAAACCAGCUUGUGUGGAUGCUCUCAAAAGAAUAUUCCAACUAUGCGACACGGAUAAAGAUGGAUCACUUAAUGACGAAGAGCUCAACGAGUUUCAGCGAAAAUGCUUUAAUGCACCUUUACAAUCUCAAGAACUUGAAGGUGUAAAGGAUGUUGUACGGGAACAUGAACCGUCGGGUGUAAAUGAAACCGGGCUGACUGAAGUUGGGUUUUUGUUUUUGCACACACUCUUCAUUCAACGAGGACGGUUGGAAACGACUUGGACGGUUUUGCGAAAAUUCGGUUAUGGAGAUGAUUUAUCGUUACGGCAUGAUUUUCUACUCCCACCCUUUGAUGUUCCAGCUGAUUGCUCAGUUGAACUGAGUCCAGAUGGCUAUCAAUUCUUUGCCGAGUUGCUACAAGCCUUUGACAAGGACAAUGACGGAGCUUUGAAUGAAAGUGAGCUGAGUUCGCUAUUCGGUACUUCGCCUGGCAAUCCAUGGGCGCAAACGACAGCCUUCCCUCACACAACCAUCACUACCGAAUCUGGUGCCGUCACGCUGCAAGGAUGGUUAGCCCAGUGGAGUAUGACUACACUGUUGGAUCACCAAACCACUCUCAAGUAUCUCGCCUAUCUCGGGUUUGAAGGAGACACAAGGCGUGCCCUCAAAGUGACACGCCCAAAGAAGCAGGACCGAAAGAAGGGCAAAGUUCAACGAAAUGUAUUUCUGUGCUAUGUAUUUGGAGCCCCAGGCUCGGGUAAAACGAGUCUCUUGAAGGCGUUCGUCAACAAGCCCUUUUCUGAAAAGUACACACCAACCACAAAAUCAUUCAAUGUCGUCAAUUCGGUGGAGAUGAAAGGCGUCGAAAAGUACUUGGUGAUGCAAGAAGUUGGAGCCAAGAAUGAGGCAGAAUUUUUAUCAAACAAGAAGCGGCUUGAUGUCUGUGAUCUUUUGUGUUUUGUGUAUGAUACAAGCGAUGUCUCAUCGUUUGAAUAUGUCGCAGCGCUUAGAGAAAAAUACAAAAUUGAUCAUGUACCAUCAAUCUAUGUUGCUACAAAGUGCGAGCUGGAUCUAGUCACACAGCGUUACGAUAUACAGCCGGAUGUCUACUGCCGCAAUCUCGAUCUUGCUGUGCCCUUGAGUGUGUCUGCUAAAGAACAGCAGAUGGCAGAUCUUUAUCACAUUCUUACAGGAGUUGCCAUGAAUCCUGCUAUUGCCACUCCUGGAUCAGCUAAAGAUGCCAAGUCACAAAACUGGACGACAAGGCAAUAUGUGACGAUUUCGAUUGUGGCUGGAGUAGCUGUCUUGACAUGCGUACUGGGUUAUCGACUUGUUAAACAACAAGGUGGUGUUGGAGCUGUGUUUGGAACCAGUACAGGCAAGAGAGAUGGCUUAUAGAGAAUCAGUUUAUUUGAGUUCUUCCCUUCUUGCCCUAUCAUUCGUUUUCCCUCCACAGUCCUUUUCCCUCCAUACGAAAGGAAGAAAAGAAAGCCCAAGCAACCCCUCUCAAACAAAAAAAAAAAAGAAAUACAACUUAGGCAUACCAUUGUAAUAAUGCUGUUUUUCUCUUCGAUUUUUUAUAUGUUCACUGCCAGUUCGUUAUUUUCUUCUUUCCUUCGAAAUAUUACAAAUUAUACACCAUGUUUGUCGGUUU